AUGAGCAUGGUGCGCGGCCAUCGCGACGAUGAGACCCUCCCCCUCAUGACGGGACAGGAACGCCGCGAAGCAGACCCCGGCGAUGCCGAGGGCCGCGAAGCCGAGGGCCACGAUGCCGAGGGCCACGAUGCCGUCCAGCGCGGGCGCGGACCGUCAGACGCCCAGCCGCAUCCCGACGCGCCUCUCGACAGCGAUGGCACCCUCCAGGUCGAGGAUGACAGCGACCCCCCAACGCCACGCUUCGUCCAGGAUGAAAAUGCCUGGAAGGAGUGGAAAUGGGUUCCAUAUCCCGUCCGCCGCCUCAUCCGGGCCGUUGCAAAGUGGUCCGCGGGACCCCCGGACCCUCAGCCAUAUCGCAUCCAGCCCUUCUUCCCCGCCGUCCAACACUAUCCGCUGCGGCUCGUCGAGCGCUUUCUGCCCAGGCGCAAGCAACGCGCCUGGCUCCUCUUCUUCUACUUCUCUAUCUGGCUCAUCACCUUUGUUCUCGUCAAGCGCAAGGGCACUGUGGCCACCGAGAUUGCGGGCUGGGGCCAGCCGCGGACCAUUGGCUGCGGCUCCUCGUACUGGGGCGCCGGCAAUGCCUGUGGCCUGGAUGGCGCCGAGUGUCGGCCGUUCAACAACAGCGGCUUUGCCUUUCGCUGCUCGGCCAACUGCUUGAGCUCCAUGGUCCUGAACCCGAGGGCAGUCGGCGCUCAAGAGGUCAUAUACCAACCACUCGUCGUCGGUGGCCCCCCCAACGAGGUGCGGCCAGACCUGGCCACGUACCGCGGCGACUCGUACAUUUGCGCCUCGGCCAUACACGCCGGCGUCAUCACCAACCAAAACGGGGGCUGCGGCGUCGUCAACCUCGUCGGACGGCAGCAAGCCUUUAUCAGCUCGCAGCGGAACGGCGUCUCGAGCGUCGGCUUCGACUCGUACUUUCCGCUUUCGUUCCGCUUCGUCCCAGACACUGGCUGUUCGUCGGAGGACUCGCGGUGGUCGCUCCUUGCCGUGUCCGUCGUCUUUACUGCUGUACUCUCGCUCUUUACAGCCUCGCCGGCCCUCUUCUUCUUCCCCACCUUUGUCGGCAUUUUCUGGACAGUCGGAACGGCCCUGGACCCGCCUCCGCACCGGGACGACGCCGCUCUCUUUUCCAACGUCAUUGGCAAAUUCCUGCCUGCCAUGUUUGUAGCCUGGGCCAUGUACGACAAAAUGGGCGUCGGCCGCACGCUCAAGGACCUGACUGCCCAGGUGGAAAAGACGGUUCUGUGGCUCGGUGCGUGCUGGGUGGGAGCCAUGUCCAACUACACGCUCGACUUUAUCCCCAUCCAACGGCUCAACAAGCACGACCUCGACCAGCAGCCCGGCGCCAAGGCGGCGCUGUCCAUUAUCAUCAUCGUCCUUGUCGUCGUUGUCGCGACGCAGAUUUGGUUCUUCAGGAAGGAGGCGCGGCUCAUCAGGUAUCUCGGGCUCUAUGGGCUUCUCCUGGCGGGUAUCAUCAUUGCCCUAGUGCUUCCGGCGCAAAACUUGCGUCUGCACCAUUACAUCAUUGCGCUCCUCCUGCUUCCAGGGACAAGCUUGCAGAUGCGGCCGUCGCUGCUGUACCAGGGGCUGCUCGUCGGGCUCUUCAUCAACGGAAUCGCCCGCUGGGGAUUCGACCCUGUGCUGCAGACGUCGGGGGCGCUGCUAGGCGAUGCGCAAAAAGGGAGCCUGCUGCCGACGAUCCGCCCGCCCAUAAUCAACCUCGGCAACGCCACCAGCCCAAUCUCCAACAUCACGUUUGCCUGGGAUGCGCCGCCGGAGGGGAGCAUGUACGACGGCGUCAGCGUGCUGGUCAACGACGUGGAGCGAUUCCGGACCUACUUUGGCGACGUGGGCGAGAAGAAGGAGUUUGCCUGGUCGCGAAACCAGACGCUGAACCUCCCGGAGUACUUUCGGUUUGCAUUCAUGAGCGGCAGCGAUAGCGGCGACUACACAAAGGCCGGGACGUGGACGGCCGACGGGCAGUGGAGGGAGAUGCGGCCGGGGCCGUCCAAGGUUCGCCGCGCGGGUCCAGGGCUGCGAGCGUGA